UGGGUAACUGUUCUCCAAGCUUCUCUCAUAGAUGUUGCGGGUAGUGAUUUUGGGUUGAUAAUGUACCAAUCUGCAGUGGACACGGUGAAUAUCGUCAAGGCAAGUGUCAUUGUUUCCCCGAGUGGAAAGGACUCGAAUGCGAGACUCUCUGGUCCGAAUGCCAAGAUCCAACAUGUUCUGGUCAUGGGAGGUGUGUAA